CACUCCUGUUUUACUUUCGGUAUUCCCGAUGUAAUUGUUGGUUAAAAGGAACACAUAUUAAGCGAAAUGUUACUUUUUAUACUCUCUAUUACAGUUCACCUAGCCUCAGCCCGUUUUCUCGUAAGCAACGCGGUACUGAAGGUCGUGCAUGGCAACAUUAGUCUGAUGGACGACAUGAAGCUGCCGCCGCCGUCGCGGCGAGCCGACAUGGAGAACGACAUCACGUUCGGUGGGCACGAGGAGAUGCCAGACUUCCACGACUUCCAAAAUGAGAUCGAAAACUUACAGCAAUGGACCGUGGAACUAACCAGCACCAGCACCUCACACGACCUCGACCUAAAAGACCUGGACGACGCCUCAAAAAUGCUCACCAACAUAAAGCAACACCUGGAAGUGGCCGCUCAAGAGCAGCUGGAGACGAGGAGGCAGAACGACGAGCUGAAACUACCCCACGAGGUUGACCAGAUGUGGAAAGAUCCGGUGAAGUUGCGGGAGUGGUAUUAUAUGAAGCUGUGCCUGUCGUUUCUGAUACAUAUUCGGUUCCAGAUGGACACGGCGAUACGACAGAAAAUGGCAACUAACCCGUACCCGGCCUACCGCAUCGGCUACCUGUUCAGCCGGGUGAUGAAGAUCAAGACCCAGAUGUACAGGCUCAUGGAAGAGUGGAACACGAUGGUCAACCAGACGGCGAUACAAAACCGUCCAAACUGGCGCACGAAGAAGCACAACCUGCUGCUGCUGCUGCAGAUGUACGAGAGGAUGCUGCAGCUGGACGUGGACGCCAAGGAUGCCGUGGAGAUGGUCAAGUUCCAGUUCUUCGGCCGGGAGCAAUUCCAGACGGAAUAUAAUGUGCCUCCGACGAAACCUUUCUUCAAAUAGAAAUGGACUAGUGGAAAUAAA